AUGACUAAAAUUCACGACACAAAAUGGCUGUGAACGUGAAAACUCUAGAUUUAUCUCCUAGUAAAGUGGUCAUUCAUCCUGUUGUUUUGUUUUCAAUAGUUGAUAGUUAUGAAAGGAGAAGUGAAGACGCUCAAAGAGUAAUUGGAACUUUACUUGGGACCAUUGAUAAAAAUGUUGUUGAAAUAAAGAGUUGCUUUUGUGUUCCACAUAACGAAUCAAAAGAUGAGAGAUUCUAUUAUUUUCUCACUUUAAAUAAAACGUUGUGUUAUUCAUAUUAUAGGUUUGCUACUGGAGUUGAUGUUACGGAUCAUUCUGUCUUGAUUCACGAUUUUUAUUCACGCGAAACAGCAAAUCCUGUUCAUCUCAUUCUUGAUACCACCCUUGAAAAAAGUAGCUUGGGAAUAAAAGCUUAUGUGAGUGCAAGCAUUGGUGUUCCUGAAAAAACAACAGAAGGCAUAUUGUUUUGUCCUAUUGACUAUACCAUAUCAAAUACAGGAGCAGAAAAAGUUGGGAUUGAAUGGUUGAAAAGAACAAGAUUACCAAAUUUGAAAAGCAUAUCUUUACCAUCUGACUUACAGAACAUACUUCAAUCAACAGACAAGAUAUCAAAAAUGCUUGAUCUCCUUUUGAAAUAUGUUGAUAGUGUAUUGACAGGUGAAAUUCCAGCUAAUAGCACUGUUGGACGUUUAUUAAUGAAUCUUGUUGACUCCGUCCCACAAAUCAAAUCUCAGGAGUUUGAAGCAAUGAUGAAUAAUAAUAUGCAGGAUUUGUUGAUGAUCUGUUAUUUAGCAAGCAUAACAAAAUCACAACUUUCGUUUGGACAAAAAAUUAAUCAGGUUGCAACAUAAGUUUACCAUUGCACCUGAUAAAAAUAUAAAACUCUCUCUUAAUAAAUUUUAUAAAACUAAA